AUGUCUUGGAAAGGGUCGAUCCCAAUCUUUCAUCUUUUACUUGUCUUCUUGCUCGUCGGAAAUCUCGGCUCUCAUAUCUUCGUACAUGCCAAUGCUCUAGACUGCACCUACGGUUGGGGUUCACCAACCAACAAGCUCCCAUAUUUGUGUCUAGUAUCACAAGACUCAGGGGUGAUAACCUAUCUUUGCGAAUGGUGUGGAAGGAAUGAUAAGCUGAUACCAUCUGCGAGUGAUUGCGUUGAUGUGGCUAAUACCGUGGUGAACAAGGGAAAGUUAUGGACUUGCGACGAUGGAAUCAAGAAUGCCCUCUCCCCUCGGCCAGACGGCAGACAAAUCGUUUGCCGGCACACCGAACAGGACAAAACAAUAAACCCGUACUAUUGCAAGACACAGGUUGUGUUUGAACAAUGCCCGCGCGAAAAGUGCAAGCCACCACAUUGA